AAGUCAUAUUAUCCAACUUUACUCCUCGAAGCUGCAUACCUAAUUUGUCGUUUCAUUGUUCUAUUCCCAAGUUACCCCUACCUUCGUUGUCGUUUAAUUGUCGUUUUAGACCUGUGUCACGGAUAUUCCGAUGCACUUGCUAGUCUGAAAAGACUUUAUUGCCCUUGUCCUAAUAAUUUCCACCGCAGAUCGGCUAUCUGACUCGUGAGUCAACACAGGGCUUUAGAGGGAGAGAGAGAGAGAGUUUGUGAGACAGACAGACAGAGAAAAAGGAUGGCGCCGUCUUUGGUUGUUAACGGCGACUUCGCCACCGUCGGACCUGCUUCCACGGCCGGACGGCUGGCAUCUGUGUACAGUGAGGUUCAGUCCAGUCGUAUUGACCAGCCGCUUCCUCUCCCUUCUGUUCUCAAAAAUCCCUUCAAAAUCGUCGAUGGUCCCCCCAGUUCCGCCGCCGGCAAUCCAGAUGAGAUCGCGAAGCUGUUUCCGAAUCUGUUUGGGCAACCUUCUGCAAUGCUGGUGCCGAGUGCUGAGGGGAGUAUUCAAUCUGAUCAGAAGCUGAAGAUCGGUGUUGUUCUUUCAGGAGGACAGGCUCCUGGAGGUCACAAUGUGAUUUGUGGAAUCUUCGAUUACUUGCAAGACUAUGUGAAAGGCAGCACGUUGUAUGGGUUCAAGGGAGGUCCUGCUGGGAUCAUGAGAUGCAAAUAUGUAGAAUUGACUGCAGAAUAUAUUCAUCCUUACAGGAAUCAGCUGAUACAUUUAUUCAUUGCAAACCAGGGUGGUUUUGAUAUGAUCUGCAGUGGGAGAGACAAGAUUGAAACUCCUGAGCAGUUUAAGCAAGCUGAAGAAACAGUAUUAAAGCUUGAUUUGGAUGGGCUUCUUGUUAUUGGUGGUGAUGACUCAAACACAAAUGCUUGCCUUCUUGCUGAAAAUUUCAGGGGUAAAAAUAUGAAAACUCGGGUGAUUGGAUGCCCUAAAACCAUUGACGGUGAUCUUAAAUCUAAAGAGGUUCCCACAAGUUUUGGAUUUGAUACUGCAUGCAAGAUUUAUGCUGAAAUGAUUGGAAAUGUCAUGAUAGAUGCUCGGUCAACUGGCAAGUAUUAUCAUUUUGUACGACUUAUGGGACGUGCAGCUUCACACAUUACUUUGGAGUGUGCUUUGCAGACUCACCCAAACAUUUCCAUUAUUGGAGAAGAGGUUGCUGCAAAGAAACAAACACUUAAAAAUAUCACAGACUACAUUGUAAAUGUAAUCUUGAAACGAGCAGAACUUGGCUACAAUUAUGGUGUUAUCCUUAUCCCUGAAGGUCUAAUUGACUUCAUUCCUGAGGUGCAGUACCUUAUUGCUGAACUGAAUGAAAUUUUGGCCCAUGAUAUCAUUGAUGAAAAUGGGCUGUGGAAAAAGAAACUUACAGACCAAUCUCUCAAGCUUUUCGAGUUCUUGCCUCGGGCAAUUCAAGAGCAAUUGCUGCUUGAAAGAGAUCCACAUGGAAAUGUCCAGGUUGCCAAAAUAGAAACAGAGAAAAUGCUUAUUCAAAUGGUUGAAACUGAGCUGAAGAAGAAACAGCAGGAGGGUUUGUAUAAGGGCCCAUUUAUGGGGCAGUCACACUUCUUUGGGUACUUAUUUCAUUUCCUUUUCUUUUCUAGAUAAGCACACUUUUAAGCAUUAUGUUUGAGCAAUUCAAGGAGCUGGUUGGAGAGUAUUCUUCAUGAUUGGGAUCAACCAUUUAGUUACUGCUAAUCACAGCUUUCAGGCCUCUUUAGAAAUGAUGACCAAUCCCCAAUGUCCAAAUCUAUUUUGUUUCUCUUUUUCUUUCUUGUUGGUUGUAGAUAUGAAGGAAGAUGUGGUUUGCCAACUAACUUUGAUGCUACCUACUGUUACGCAUUGGGCUAUGCUGCUGGAGCUCUCCUCCAGAGUGGGAAAACUGGGUUGAUAUCAUCGGUGGGAAAUUUGGCUGCUCCAGUUGAACAAUGGACUGCUAGUGGGACUGCUUUGACUUCAUUGAUGGAUGUGGAAAGGAGACAUGGUAAGUUCAAGCCUGUCAUCAAGAAGGCAAUGGUGGAACUUGAAGGUGCACCAUUCAAGAAAUUUGCUUCCAUGCGGGAUGAGUGGGCCUUCAAGAAUCGCUACAUCAGCCCUGGUCCUAUUCAGUUCGUUGGCCCAACGUCUAAUGCAGUUAACCACACUCUACUCCUUGAACUCGGAGCAGUUCAAAGCUAGGUGCGUUUGCCGAAGUUCCAGUGUCUACAAGAACAAGAACUAGAAACUUUUCCUGGGUUUGUGAAGGUCUCGCUGUUUCAAGUAUUUUAGUCUUAGAAUUGUUGAUAUUUAAAUCUUGAGUAUAUAGUUAGAAAUAAUGUGCAAAACGGUUCUGCGUCAAUACGUGGUCUUAUGAUUUCCAAAACAUGCAGCACCAUUUUUUUGUUGCCUCUCAAUCAAGUUUUGUUUUUAAG